CCAAUGUGGGGUCAGUGAUACGAGCCUCUACGUCACCAACCAUAAAGUAUCCGCCCCUUUAGCCUUCUGAUUGGCUGCACAAUCGUGAUUGACACCGGCUCUGGAAAGCGGAGCGUGACUUGAUUGGUUGGUUGCCCCUGUUCCGCUUUCCUUGUUGCUGUAUGUGUGUAUUUGCUGCUGUAACUGGACUGUCUUACAAAAGCAAGUGGGUGCCAGCUGAUGAGAGGGUCAGUCCAUUUUAAACUACAUACAUAUCAGUAUCUUUUGAUAUCUGCAGCACAUAAUUUACAGCUGAAACAUGACGACAGAGUCGCCACGACGUCCAAGCCGAUGCACAGGUGGAGUGGUGGUACGACCUCAGGCAGUUACGGAACAGUCAUACAUGGAAAGUGUUGUUACGUUUCUUCAAGAUGUUGUACCCCAGGCUUAUAGUGGAUCACCUACAACGGAGGAAAAGGAAAAAAUUGUCUGGGUCCGGUUUGAAGAUGCAGAUUUGAAUGAUGCAUAUAGGAAUAUGGAGUUCCAUGAAAUGCAUAGCACAGGGAAUGAUCCACCUCUUCUUCUGAUGAUAGGCUACACAGAUGGGAUGCAGAUUUGGAGUAUACCUGUCAGCGGUGAAGCUCAGGAAUUAUUCUCUGCUCGGCACGGUUCUGUACGAUGUGCUCGCGUAUUGCCAUGUCCCCUGUUUGGUUCUCAGAUGUGUGAUAGUUUCUCAGAAAAACGACCCCUGCUUGGAAUGUGUAAAAGCACUGGUUCUUGUGGGACCAGCCAACCUUACUGCUGUGUAGAUUUAUAUUCUCUGCGGACUGGGGAAAUGGUGAAGUCAAUUCAGUUUAAAACUCCCAUCUAUGAUCUGCAUUGCAAUAAAAGGGUACUUGUGGUGGUUCUGCAAGAAAAAAUUGCAGCGUUCGACAGCUGUACGUUUACGAAGAAAUUUUUUGUGACAAGCUGCUAUCCUUGUCCUGGGCCAAACAUGAAUCCUAUAGCGCUUGGGAGUCGUUGGCUUGCUUACUCUGAAAAUAAGCUGAUCCGGUGCCAUCAGUCUCGAGGAGGAGCAUGCGGGGACAAUAUACAGUCCUAUACUGCCACAGUCAUAAAUGCUGCCAAAACCCUUAAAACUGGACUUACCAUGGUUGGGAAGGUAGUUACUCAGCUCACAGGUACACUGCCAGCAGGUACACCAGAUGAGGACCAGCCCACUCACAGUAAUGCCAGACGUAGUCCUUUUGUUCCAGGAGUUAUUACCAUCAUUGAUACAGAGACGGUUCCAAAAGGACAGGUUCUUGUCAGUGAAGAAUCUGAUGGAGAAGGCAUUGUUGCUCAUUUUCCUGCCCAUGAGAAGCCAAUAUGCUGUAUGGCUUUCAACCCCAGUGGAAUGAUGCUGGUUACAUCAGACACACUGGGUCAUGAUUUCCACGUGUUCCAGAUCCUUACUCAUCCUUGGUCAUCGUCUCAAAGUGCUGUACAUCAUUUGUAUACCUUGCAUCGAGGAGAGACAGAAGCUAAAGUUCAGGACAUUUGCUUUAGCCACGACUGCCGUUGGGUAGUGGUAAGCACUCUUCGUGGCACUUCCCACGUCUUCCCUAUUAACCCAUAUGGUGGUCAGCCAUGUGUCCGCACACACACCUCCCCCCGCGUGGUCAACCGCAUGAGCCGCUUUCAGAAGAGUGCAGGUUUGGAAGAGAUUGAACAGGAGUUGACAUCAAAGCAAGGAGGCCGUUGUAGCCCUGUGCCAGGAUUGUCCAGCAGUCCAUCUGGGUCUCCUCUUCAUGGUAAACUUAACAGUCAAGACAGCUACAAUAAUUUCAUCAACAAUAACCCAGGGAACCCACGUCUCUCACCACUGCCAAGCUUAAUAGUAGUGCAGCCUCUUGUUCAAAUUAAGCAGCCAAUGACUCUGGGGACCAUCACAAAACGCACAGGACCUUACCUGUUUGGAGCAGGAUGUUUUUCCAUCAAAGCUCCUUGCAAAGCCAAGCCAGCCCCUCAGAUCUCCCCGAGUAAAUCCACAGGAGGUGAAUUUUGUGUUGCUGCUGUUUUUGGAUCCUCUAGAUCUUGGUUUGCAAGUAACCAAAGUAUUAAACGAGAUAAAGAUCAGUCAAAGCAAUGUAUAGUGGAAUCUCUGUACAUCAUCAGCUGCUAUGGAACUCUGGUGGAACAUUUUUUGGAACCACGACCUUCAAGUACUGCUUUGAAGAUCAAUGAUGACACACCUCUAGAAAUGUGGACUUCACCACGUGCUAGUUGGACCUUGGUUAGGACCCCUCAGUGGAAUGAACUUCAGCCUCCAUUUUAUGCAAACCAUCCACUGCUGUUGGCUGCAGAUGUGGUACAGUACUAUCAGUACUUACUGGCUGGCUUGGUUCCACCUGGAAGUCCUGGACCAAUCACAAGGCAUGGGUCCUAUGACAGUCUAGCAUCAGACCACAGUGGCCAGGAAGAUGAAGAAUGGCUUUCACAGGUAGAAAUUGUGACCCAUACAGGACCACACAGGCGACUAUGGAUGGGGCCACAGUUCCAGUUUAAAACAAUACAUCCUUCUGGUCAAACAACUGUAAUAUCCUCAAGCUCUUCAGUGCUUCAUUCCCAUGGCCCAAAUGAUACCCCACAACCACUGUUGGAGUUCGACACUGAUGAUCUUGCUCUAAACAGCCUCAGGAUUCAGCCUGUACGCUCAGAACCUGUUAGCAUGCCUGGAUCACCCCGUCCUGUCUCUGAUCGCAGAGGAACUUCUACUGUAAUAGAUGCAACUUCAGGCGCAUAUGAUCGGAGUGUGACGCUAUUAGAGGUUUGCGGCAGCUGGCCAGAAAGUUCUGGGCUCCGACACAUCUCCUCUAUUGAAAGCACAGAUGAAGGUCUCCGUGAACGACUGGCCGAUGCUAUGUCAGAGUCCCCUAACAGGGAUGUGGUGGGAUCUGGAACAGGUACAAAGAAGAGAACUUCGGCGAGACGGAAGCAUAGAGACAUUAAGUAACAGCUCCGGAUCCACUAGUGGGAGCAUUCCACGAAACUUUGAUGGCUACAGGACAACUCUCCCUACCAACGAAAACCAGCCACUCAGCCUUUUCCCCACAGGACUCCUUUAAAUUCCUCUAAACUCUAAUUAUGAUGAAAAGUAAACUGUAAAGGGAUAGUUCAUCUGUUUGUACAAAAAUGAAUAUGAUACUUCAGUCUUAAGCAUUGUAGUUGAAUAACGUGGCUGCACUGUGUACUGUUAUCAGGAUAAAAUGGGGUUAGACAUUUAUUUUAUAUGGGGGAAUGUGUGAACAGUUAUUAUAGCCAUAUACGGGUCAGUACAACUGCCGACUCUGUCCCUGCAGAUUGAGUUGGUUGCUUAUUGGCACAUGUAUGGAGCUACUCCGAUUACCUGCCCAACUGAUAUAUGGCUAAAAAUCAGCCUGAUAUCUAUUAGGCAGGUUAGAAAACCCCUUUGGGAAAGACCAAUUUUGCUUUUUUAAGGUGGUUUUCUUCCAGUGAGUCUCUCUUGGCCCCCAUUAUGAUGAAAAUACUGGAUCUUCCCAAUUUGGCCCAGCAUGUUGGUGGCCCAAUCAGGUCUGCUCUUGUUGACCUUUAUUAUAGUAUACCCCCCCAGCUACAGUUAGUCAGCCUCUCUGUAACAAAAUAGCUAUCACUGAAUUCCCAUCAACAGUUAAUUUAUAUGCAUGACCUAAAUGCAUUCAGGGAACAAUAUGCAUUUAUGCCUUUUGGCUGAUAGAAUGCAUUGGUUCUGAGAUCUCUUACGGAGCAACUGAUUCAUUGUGGUUGCAAAGAUGGCAGCUGGCUGAAUUUAGUUUUUUCUAGUGGCUGUUUGAGGCGCCCCUGCAAAUGUUACUUGAUGCUAAUAACUGGUUCUUCUUCAGAAUGAAACAAAGCUAAGAUUAUUUUUUUUAUCAAUGAAUGCAAAUACAUCUUAAUCAUGCGAGUUUUUGGAUCUCAUGGUAAUGUAGACAGGGCAUUAUACCCUCUUAUUUGUUAGGAUUCUCUGCUUUUUACCCUUUAUAUAUAGGCAGCAAAAAUCUGAGAGCAUGUUUAGGGUUAUAUAGAAUUUUAAAUGCCAAUUUAUUGUUAUGUACCCAUAAAACUGUACUGCUUUUUAAUAAUGGAAUGUGCAAUGGAGAUGCUAGUAUGGCUUAUAACCCUGCUGUGCUGGAGAAUCUCUGCCACCUAGAGUUUUUAAAUUUCCCCCCAUAAGUGCCCUGUAGCACCCUGAUACAGACAGUACAGAGUGCAGAUACCUUGAUAGAACAGCAACUAUUCCAAAUAAUUUCAUGGGAUAUACCGACUUUUCUAAGCUGGAUUCCCAGGGGUUAAUUUGCUUCAAAAAGCUGAAAAUUAUAUCAUCUCUUUUGGAAUACUUAUCCCAAAGAAUCUAGCAUAUUUUGGGCCAUUUAAUGAAGUUAGCCCUUACAUACAGCCUGAAAAGCUAAGAAAUCAUUUGUGAUAACUAACACAACAUCUGUAGAUAGUUGUGGGCUGGACACUGAAAAUUUGUUUUUACUGAUAUUGGACAGAAGCUCAUUUUGGGUGCCAUACAAGAUCCCUGGUUAGCACUGCUGCCCUGCAGCACUGAGCUCAGAUCCAGCCAGUAUCUCCCCUGUGUCUGCAAUUGUUUCCUCGGGGGGCUCUGGGGUUUCCUCCUGCAUUCUACAAACAUACAGGCAGGUUAAUUAUACUUUGAUGGAACUGACCCUAGUAUAGAGCAACCUAGGGAACUUAGGUUGUAAGUCCCACUGGGGCAAUGGCCGAUGUGAAUAUCAGACAGUCUCUGUAAAGAGCUGUAUGACUCAAUGUUGGUGCUAUUUAAAGGAUAAUUAUGUUGCAUUAUAGUUUUUACAAAGAGGGUUGUUUCUGUUGAUAUAAGCAUUAUGGCAUCUCCUGUUAAUAUAAAUAACUGCAAAUUUAAUGUGAUUAUUUGUCAACUUUGUUAAUAUAUCCCCGCAACAUGUGUAGCACUACUGUCCCUGUGAAGAAUCUGAGGUUCCUUGGGUACCCUUCACUGGGGCUAACUUCAUCAGGAGAAAUUUAACCUGCCUUAAUGUUUUUAAAGCAUGGUAGGAGACCAGAGGACCUACAGGAAACCCACGCAAGCACAGGAAGAACAAACUCUACGCAAAUAGUGACCUGGUUGGAAAUGAACUCAGAGCACCAACACCACAUGGUGAAUAUUUGCCUAUUACUGUACUUCUGAAUAUAAAGCUCAUAAACAGGUGGCGAUAGCCCAUUACUGCAAGACAGAUAGUUUCUGCUUGUAAACAGGGUUUCUAAUUGUUUUAUUAUGGCACAUGAAAAUGGGCUUCCCAGCUACUGAAAGGCUUUUCCAGCCUGAUGCAGAAUUACCUGUCCAAGCACAGGCAUUAAGACAAUGCUAUUAAAUCUAAAUGAAAAACAAAAUGUAUAUUGAACUAAUUAAUCUUACAAAAUGCAUAUCCUUUCACACCAUGCUGGUGCAAUUUACAUUUUUUGCCUAAAAUGAGUAGGACAACAUUAUUGCAGGAAUUAAGGUGAGUCUCAUGUAGAAAGAAUUUGUGGUUAGACACAACUUCAAAGAGAAAGCAAGAUAAACUGGCUCAGUGGUUAUAUAACUUUGUAUCAGCAAAUAACACCAUACACUAGGUGGAAGGAUGUAUUACCCAAGUGAGAUAAUACUCCUGUAUAGCCAGACCCCUUUACCAUCUUUGUAUCCAGUACCUGACCUAGUCUGUCUGGUUUCUGUGUUAAGAUUUGGGCUACAGCUAAGUCAAAAGUAGAUAUAUGGAGACCAUAAGGCAUAACAAUCUCUAAAUGAAUACUGAGCAGUAUAAAUAUAUACAUAAGGGGCAUUUAGCAUGAGAAGGCCUGUGGCAAAAAUUGAUUAUUGCAGGGCCCUGUUAAUUAUAUAGAGGCAGAUUUAUGAAAUACUGAACAUGGGAGUUCAGAGGUGCCCCUAACAGUUCUGCAGGUUGGGAAAAACUGAAUGAAUAGUUACUGUCUCCAUCUUGCCCUCCUAUUGCCACUUUUACUUUGCUUCAGAGCCCUACUCUCUUCUAGAUGCUACUAUCACCACUAAUAGAAGCAACAUAGUACUACCUACACAGUCAGGUACAUUUGUGAAACAUUAUUGAACUUUACACUCUCCCUACCAGCAGCUACUGCUCUGUUAUGUUGUGUGUCUAUGUAUGUGCGUUUAUAUAUUAUAUAUAUAUAAUACACAAGAACCAUGAGUAUCCUGUAAAUUGUACCUUUAUAAACAGUGCUUAGUGAUGUCAUCAGUUAUAAUUGGUGCUUAGUGAUAUCAUUUUUGUCACAUGACUCACUAAAACUUGUGCAUUAUAAUAAAUAAUGUAUUUCCUGUUAUACAAUAUGAGGAAAUUUGAAGUUCCAUGACCUGUAUAAAAGCACUUUGUCUUUGGCUUCGAGCUUUUAUAUGGUCACACACAUACAUACAUAUAUACACUGGCUACAUUGCAAACUGUUUAGUUUUGUCAUAUAAGGGGGAAAACCUGGCUUCAUAUUCCUUUAAUAAGAGAAUAACUAUUUUAACGGCUAACAUGAGAGCCAAGGGUAGUUUAUGCAUGGUAGUAAGUUAAUUAAAACUAAGUUAUUUAUUAAUGAUAUUUCUUAGCAACUGGUUAGAUGGGUCAUUUUUAUCUGUGUGCAGAUUUAAUGUAUCUUAAAGGGCUAGUAACAAUCCAAAAUUGUAACAGCCAAAUUGCAUUUCUGUAAAGUGCACGGAGGCAGGGACAUAUUUAUCAAAGAAUACAUUUGUCAUAAUAUAAAUUUGGUAGCUACACAUAUGUACUUUAUGUUUGUGUAAGUGUAUGCACUUCCUUUAUGCCUCCCACAGAAUUAACACAGGUUUUACCCCUAACCUCACCACCCCAAACCUCAGUGUCGGACUGGCCCACCAGGAUACCAGGAAAACUCCCGGUGGGCCCAGGUGUCAGUGGGCCCUCCUGCUCCUAACCAUUUGGCCUACUUCAUGGUCAUUCCCUAUUUCUGAAUGGGAACAAAGGGGAAAAAUAGAUGGAAGAAUAGAUGCUAGCAUGUAAAUAAAAGAGACUAGGAGAAUAAAGAGGUUGGGUGAGGAAAGGAGGAAAAAUAGUUUGGAAAUCGGGCCUAGGGUCUAAGGUUUUCUGGUGGGCCCCUGGGUUCCCAGUCCAACAUUGCCACCCUUACUACUGUUUGGUGGGUCCUGCCACAGUGAGCCCCCUGCUGGUAUUCCUGCACCUGUGUAGAAUGGCAGCAGAUGUGCUUGGCACAAAGGCACAAGUGCACAAGGCACAAGCAGGGCAGAAAAUUGUCCAAGAGGACAGGAGGAAGAAUGUGGAGUGUAUGGUUUCUCUGCUCCUUUGCUUAUUUUCUCUUGUGUGUUUUGCUAUGAAACUGAUUUUAAUGGUGCAAUAAAACAAAAUUUUAACCUGAA